AAAAUAGGCUCCCUUCAUGUUCGAAAAGCAUGAAAAGAAGAAAAAUGGAGGGAAAAUCAGCAGCAGCGUGAGAGAAAUAGAGAGAAAAUGCCGAGAAGACGACUCACACUGCACUGUUCCUCUUCCUCCGAAGACGAACAACAACAACAAUAUCGUUAUCAACCACACCACCAACAAAUCCAAGAAGAUCACGAAGAUGAACAUAUCGAGCUAGAACUACAAGAUCCAACACUCAAUCUCGAAACCGUAACCCUAAACCCUAACCCUAAUUCCAACAUUUCUCUCCCUGCUCAUCUCGAAAUCUCCGAUGAUGACUUCGUCGACGUUCACGAAAGCCUCUCUCCUCCGCCGCCACGCCCUCCAGUUAACGACCAGUUCUUUCAAUCAUCGGCCGAGUCCAGAAUUAGCAGUGCUAGUUCUUCGGAAUCCUCUGAUUGUCCCAUCAGUGCGUUUCUUCACAGGCUUGGGCUGAGACUGCGAAGGGAAUGGGUGGAUUCUUGUAUUCAGGGCCUAGAGAGAUCGGUCCCGGGUUUCGCAAGCCUCGAUUUGGCGGCCAAGGCGAAGCUCUGUUUCAAGCAAUUCUUGUUAUCUGAUAUGAAUUAUUCUGGUGGAGGAGUUCUUCCUGAAAAUGUGCAUAAUAUGAAUCUUGUCGAUCUUGCUGGCCCUUUUGUCUUGCAGGUUGAUGAAAUUAUAAAUAUCAGUUGUCCUCUGAAAGGUAGGUAUCAGAGUGCAGCUUCUGGGCCCAAGAGAUGCCUUAAGUUGUCCAUGACUGAUGGUGUUCAACGUGUGUUCGGCAUGGAAUACCGGCCUAUCAAGGAUCUUGAAGUUCUGGCACCUGCUGGGCUGAAGGUUGCAAUUUCCAAUGUACAUAUAAGGCGUGGGCUUCUAAUGUUGGUUCCUGAAGUUCUUGAAGUUUUAGGAGGACUGGUUGAGGAUUUGGAAGCAGCAAGGCAGAGGCUUGUUCAAGAAGUAAAUAAGCCACCAAGGGGAAAAAGAACCAGGACAGGAGUGGUUCCUCCUUUAGCAACCAGAGCUACUCUUGCUGCAUGGCCGCCAGACAGUGUGAGUGUUCCAGGGGCCACCAAUGCUUCCUCGUCACAACCUGCAGCUCCUCUUCAGGCAGCUGAACAAGGUACUGCAUCUGGUAUCUCUAUCAGGGAAAGGACUACAGAAGAGUUUGCUGUUCCCAUCAUCAAUAGGGAAAAUGCUGAACCUAAUCCACCAUCUACAGCUGUUUCGAACAUUGAAGAAAUUCAUAUGGUUGAUGAGGUGGACCACCCAUUCAUACUAAGUGGAGACAGAGAAAUUCCCUUCACUUACUUAGCUAGUUUGUCGGCAAAAUGGGCUGCUGUCAAGGACAAUGCUCCUAAUGUUCAGGGGAAAAUUAAGUGCUUUUUGACUGGUGUAAAGGGAUUCCUAUUUAAGCGAAGGGCUACAUAUGAGCUUCAUGUUUACGUUGAUGAUGGUAGCCUCAUUUCCGAGAUCCUCAUAGAUCACAAUGUUGUGCAAAAUGGAAUAGGUCAUUCUCCUGAGGAAGUUACCACUGCCCUUGCUUCUUCAGACACUAAGAGAGUUAGUGAUAUGAAGGAGAUAAUGAAACAAUUUCAAAUUUUCUUAGCGAAUUUUGAGGGUACGAUGCUUAUGCAGAUAAGUGAAGCCUCUCCUGUUCCAAUUGCUAUUGAAAUGAACCAAGGUUGUUCUCCUUCUGAUGCCUGGUUGCUUUUGAGAAGGCUGCAGUCUUCUAAUACUGCUCAACCGCAACAGCAUCCUCACUUCGAUCCCAUCGACCUAUCUCCUUGACUGAAUCAAAAUAUGCUGCUCCUUGCCUUACUUAAAUAAGUCCAUGGGCUGAUAACAAUCAAGAAUGUAACACGGGCCUUGUGUGCCACUGACUGAUGAACAAUCAUGAGCUCAAAACACACAGAAACACAUACUAUUGGUCAAUGGUCACAUUGUCACAUCCAUGGUUGGUAACUUUGAGGCUAUUCAAGUUGGUUGCAUGUGUUAACCCUUGCAUCCAUGGCUGGUAACUUGAGGCUAUUUAAGUUGCAGUCUUGCUAAACCGUAUUGGAGAGGGUGAAAUUUUUAUGCGAGCCAGCAGUGCAUGCAACUGCAUCUUCCUUUGAUUGUCUGAAGGACAUGGAAUUAUUGUGUGUGGGGGUCUGGUUUGGUUAAAAUAUGUGAAAGGCAAAAAUCAAACUUACUGGAGUCAAAUUUUACACGAUGAGGGGAAAUACUUUGCUAGUUGCAGCUGACAUAUGAAGGGAAGUGACCGAUGAAGGUGAUCAUGUAAAAUCAAGCUAGGGCGGCUGCCCACAGAUUAGCAGAAGGUGGUGGCAAUGACCUUUCUCUGUUUUACAGAAGCAACUUUACUAGAUUGUACAGCUUAAAGGUUUUAUUUUGGUAUGAGGUAUUUUUCCUUUUUAAUCUUUCAAUCUCUUUAGUUUUAUCUAUUAGCAUUAAGGGUCUUGCAAAUGACAGCCCUAAGGGCUGUCAAGAAGCACCACAAAAUGCCAUAAAUAUUUAUAAUCUCAAUACAGUUUUCACAUAUCCCAAAACACUUUUUACACAUUUCGAUACACUUUAAUAUACUUUUUACAGUCCUUUUCUACACUAA